AUUUUAUUCUGAAAAAGGAAAUUUUUUGAAGAAACACAGAACCUCAUGGUGCUAUCAAGUGGACCCUGGUGCUUGGAACCAGCUACAGAGUUGCCUGUUUCAGAAGCAACUCAGUCACAAAUUAAUGUCCACAAUUCUGAGCAUCUUUCUUUGUGACUAUCUGUUAGAACUGGUCAUCUCUUAUUUGGGCCCCAGAAUCCAUUCUGUCUGGGAGCAGUACCGCAGACAUUCUUUGGGAGGUAGGCUUUCUCAGCUACAUGGCUUGCUCCACCCUAAGUGCGUGGCCCUCAUUUGGCUGUGUCAAUCAGCUUAUCCUUGACCCCUGGGCCAAGGUGAUCUGAGGAGAUCCCGGAUCUUCUGGAAGAAAGAGCUUUUCUUCUUUGAGAGCUACCAAAGAAGGUAUCCCCAAUCUUUCUCUGUGGGGUAUAUAGAAAAUUGUGAGGCAUGGAACUGUAGCAACUAUUUUUUUCUAUUAAAAAGGGGAAAUUCUGGAGUUUCUAGGUGCUACCAUGUGGAGCCUGAGGAUGAAGUCAGUACCAAAGAAAAGUGGCAAAACAGAAACUAAGUCCUCGGUGACAUUAUUUGAACCACUAGACUAAGCCUUAUUGAAGCAGACCUACCUCAAAGCUUUUCAGCUAUGUGAGCCAAUAAACAUCUUUUGUCUAACUAGUUAGAUAAGAUUUUUCUGUCUUUUGCUAUUUAGCCAUACUGAUGCAACCUUGCACUUGAAAGCUCUGCUUUCUCUUAUAGCACCUUAUUGUCACGUUUUUCUCUUGCUUAGUAGUUACACAAGCUCCUCUUUUUUUUUUUUUUUUUGAGAGAGAGUCUUACUCCAUUGCUCUGGGUAAAGUGCCGUAGUGUUAUAGCUCACAGCAACCUCAACUCUUGGGACAAGCUCCUAAUUUUUAAUCUCAUGUCAGUUGCUUGGAAGUCAGUUGACUGUUGAAAUAGGUGACUCUCAUGUCCUAUAGUUAAUUUGAUAGAUACCACUUAACUGAUGCUUUAAAUCAGACCCUAAUAUACCUUCUAAACUUGAUGAAAAUAUACUCUGAGUUCCAGAUUCUCUAGUGGAUAACUUCCUAUCUCUCUGAGGUCAAAGUGAGUGAAAGAACUAGAAAUGAGGAUAUUCAAAAGGAUCCAGGCUUGUCUCGCGGGAAAUAGAAAACGGAAGCCACCAACAUUAAGGGGUCCUCCAAGAUUCCCAGAGAAUCUUUAUUGGCCAAAGAUUCAGUUGGCCGUUCAGAAUGGUGACGUGUUUCCGGUGCCACCAUUGUGUUUCCGCCUGCUGCCAUCUUAUAACGCGUGAGCGUUUGGCGUGUGAGGGUCGUCGUGUGGUGCCUGCUACCUUUGUUUGCCGAAAAGCUUCAGAAGACUCCAGGAGCCCACGCUCUUGAGACUUUUACCUUUACCCAAAGGAAUAAGAGAAGUCAGAUGGCAGCUGUGUCCUCAAUAGACAUGCCCCAGGAAUCAGUGACUUUUGAGGAUGUGGCCGUGUACUUCACUAAGAAGGAAUGGGCCAGCCUGAAUCCUGAUCAGAAGGCCUUGUACAGGGAUGUGAUGCUGGACAACUAUGAGUCUGUGGCCUUCGUAGCACCACACACUGCUAAACCCGAUUUGAUCUUUCAUUUGGAGCAAGGGAAAGAGCCCUGGUACACUCAGCUGCAGGGAGCCCUGAGCAGGAGAGACCGUAGAGCAGGCUUCACUGGAUACAUCUCAAAACUAAGAAGAUUUACUUACUUAGCUAAACUAAUAUCGCGUACCAUAAAAUCAAAACUUCCUCCAAAUCAUCAAUGCUGGGAAGACAGAACAAAGGCUUAAUUCUUGACCUUCAAAUAUCAGUUUUUCAAGUAAGGAGUGGAUUUAAGAGCCACCUUAAAUGUUGUCACAUGCACAUUUUCUUUGUAAGCCAUUCAAUUUCUAUUGAAUUAAUGUUUUCAUUGUAUUAAAGUUACU